AUGUUUUUCCUAAUAUUUAUCGUUUGUCUUCUUCUUCAAAUUACCGAAGCAGCUAGGACAGAUAGAUUCAUUUUCAACAUAACUGUUUACUGUCGUCACAAUCAAGCCUAUGAUUUCAAUUUGAUAUAUGAAGAAAUUGAUAUCACUUGGCUUUUCAAAUGGAACGAUGAUACAAUUACUGAUUCAGAAGAACACAAGGGAUUAAUGGGACCUUGGAGUGGAAUUAUACAUGGACAAAUGAACGGUGAUGGUUUAUUUGCAAAAAGAUAUGAAGUUUUGUACGAAAUAUGGCAUACUUGUACUCCUGAUGGAUCCGAACAUGGAAAUGUUGGAAUAUUGGAUUUAGAAUUUGAAAUUGGGAAGGAUUUCAAAGUUCGACAUGAUAUUCAUCUGAGACCUAGUUUCGAGAUUGAUGAUUUCACUGUUGGAGCUAGUUUUUAUGACUAA